AUGUCAUUAUUACCAGUAACAAAUUCAGAUCCACCAGCAUCUGAAGCUGUACCCCAAAAUCAUAACGUAACCCUAAAAUUGAAAAAGCAGCUAGAUGAUACAUCCAUUUGGAUGCAUGAUAUUACUUUGGAGGACAUGAAUUCCAUAAAAAAUAGUACAUUUGAAUUUGAAAAUUCCCAUUCUUAUCAUGUCUACAAUUAUGACACCUCUAAGCUUACUCAGUCUCUUAUAGCUAAGGAGCAGACUGUCAGAAUCACUGUAGGUGAAGAAGAUCUUACAUUAAAUAAUUUACUAUGCGAAGAAGAAAUGUUACCCUCGUGUCUCGAUUAUACUUUCCUAGAGAAUUCAGACGAUUCCGUUAAGGACAAAGAUUACUUUGCUGAUUUCGAUUUACAUGUAACAUCAUCUUCAAGUUCUUUUACUCUGAACGAUAUUGGUAAUGAUGAUGAAAGAGAGACGAGAGACAUUACGAACAUUGAAAAUGACCGAGAUUUUAUAAAUGUAUCCGUAUCUCAGAGAAAGAAAACGUCUCUAACACAAAUAAAUAGAGCUAAACAUGAAAAACUUUUAAUUAAGUAUCCUUUAAGAGAACCUUGUCACAAUUUAUGUAAAAAACUGUGUACUUUUAAUUUUUCGGAAAAAGACAGACAGGACAUUCAUGAAUACUAUUGGUCUUUAGACUGGGAACAUCGCGGUAUUUAUAUCAAGAAUUUAGUAACAGAAAAAGACUGUGUAAAAAAGGGGCCAGCAAAAACUUCUAAGAGAAAACGUCAGGUCACAUACACAUAUAAUUUUCCAAAAGACGAGGGUAGACUCGAAGUAUGCAGAACAUUUUUUUUGUGUACUUUAGGUUACGCGAAAAAAAAUGAUAGACAUGUUCUUUCAGUUUUAAAUAAAUCAAUUAUUGCACAAAAGGAUCAAAGAGAUGGGCGCAACUUAAAAUUGAUAACUGUCGAUAAAGAACUAAUUACACAACACGUUGAAUCUUUUAAGCCUUGUGUUCAUCAUUAUAGAAGAGCUCAUGCUCCAAAUAAGAAGUACCUGCCUAGUGACUUAACAAUAACAGAUAUGCACAAAAAUUUCUUGGAAACCCACCCCGAAAUAAAAUGCAGCAUAGAAACAUAUAGAAAUCAUUUGACAAACGUAAUGAAUAUAUCUUUUGCAAAACUCGGACAUGAGGAAUGCGAGAUGUGUGAAACGUUUAACUUGCACAAUUCUGAACACGUUAAAAAUGGAUAUGAUUCUCUUUGUGAGGUGUGCAAUUCACAUUCAAAACACAAACUUAAAUACAAAAAAGCCCGGGAAAUUUACGAAAGAGACGCAAAGGAACAAUGCCAAGAUGAAAUUCACGUGUCUGUAGAUUUACAGAAGGUGAUAAUGUUACCUAGAAUAGACAGUUUUAAAUCUACUUUAUUUUGCCCAAGAUUAGUGGUGUACAACGAAACAUUUGUACCAUUGGGAAAAUUUAAAGACAGCGGCGUAUUUGCGGCAGUUUGGCAUGAAGGGAUCUCGGGUAGAAAGCAGGAAGAUAUUGUGAGUACCUUUAGGGCUUUUUUAUUAAAUAAACGUGAUGCAAAGAAAAUAACUUUAUGGCUGGACAAUUGCUCAGCCCAAAAUAAAAAUUGGUGUUUGCUAACAUUUUUAAUUCAAAUUAUAAAUAGUUCUGACAUCGGUGCCACACAGAUUGUGAUAAAAUAUUUUGAACCAGGGCACACGUUCAUGUCAGCCGACUCAUUUCACCACUCUGUGGAACAAUCUUUGCGAAAGAAAGGCAAGAUUUAUGAUUUUAGGGAUUUCGUCAACGCAGUUACACAGUCACUCAAGUCGGGAAAGGUAGUAUCUAAAAUAAUGGAGGUUACAGAUUUCUACAACUACAAAUCACACGUUGCACAAAACAAAGUGAAAGAUAAAGAGGGGAACAGGGUUUAUUUAAGAGACAUUGUUGAAGUUUUGGUACAAAGAGGAAAGCACUGCCUUUUCUACAAAAAAGAUUUUAAUGAAACUGACUAUAGGCACAUGUUUUGCUUAAAAUCAAAAACCUUGCCAAUCUUUUCUCAAAGAACGGGCCCUAAAGGUAUCGAUUUACAAAAGAAGCACAAUAUAAUAAAACAAUUAGGUACCUUAAUGCCUGAAAAUAGGUUGUUGUUUUGGAAAAAUCUCCCUAUUUCCAAAAACGAUACAACAGAUGAAAUACUUGAAUUUGAUGUAGACGAG